GCACAAAAGUAAACACAUUUUUUUCUUUGUGCGUAAGAAUAUUAAAAAAUAAAAAUCAUCAUUAGUUACAGAAAUUAAAAAAUUUUUUUUUUCGCGAAUUUGAACUUGUACAAUUUUUAUUUGGAGUAAAAAAUUCGACAGGAGUAUUCAUUUUUUUUAUGACCCAAUUCAGCAUGAAGAUAUUGCACAGCGCACUAAUAUUUGUUCUUUUGAGCUUCCUCUCAAAUAACGUGGGUUCGCCCAAUAUCAUUUUGGAGAAGGUCGGGAAAGUAUCUAAAGGUGCACCCAGGCAGCUGUGCGAGAGGGCGGUAAGAGGGUGUAAACCCUGCGUGAAGGGAAAGGCGAUAAGCAAAGUGACAACCAGAAGCACAAUCACAGUUAAGGAUGGCAAAACGGGAAAGGUAGAUAAAAAAGUACGUGAAGAAGUUACGGAAACCGUUACCGAAACCACUCCAAAUGGUAAACAGCCAUCGAAGACGGUAAAAACGGUAACCGUCAAAGAAGGAGGAUUACCUGAAAGGAAAAGGACGUACACAAGCAUAGAUUAUAAGUCUAUUUAAGCAAAUAAAAAGAAUAUCCCACCCCUGAGGAAUUAUUUAAAAUUGAUAUACCCAAGCUAGUAAAAAAUUUCAGUUCGCUAGCUAAUGAGACGAGAUCGAAUAAAGUAAUCAACCAUUAUUGUAAGUACCUACAUGUGCAAUAUGCAAAAAUGAUGGAUGAAUUAAAAACGGACUUUUUUGCAGAAGCUGCAGAAUGUGGUAUGAAAAAUGAAGAUUAAGUAAAAUAUUGGAAGGAAUGUGAAAAUGCCCUGACCAAUGAUUUGAAAACUAUUAAUGAAAUUCACAGAAAAGAAACCAGUACUUAUAUUGAAAAUGUAGAACAC